CUUUUAUAGAAGACAAAUCCUUGGAAAGGCACUGCCAAAUUGAGUCUUUUGGCAGUACCUGCGCCCCUUUUUAAUGGUGGCAGUGGCGGUCGCAGUAGCUCACAAAACAAAUCCUCCCGAAGGCCUUUCAUCUCGCUCCCACCACCCGUUGAAAUCCAUCUUCCCUCGCCAACGCUCUGUUCUCCGACCCCAAGACCAAAUCUUUGACCGCGAGGGAUCCUGACCUUGAUCUGGUGCCGCUGCGGCUUCAUCUGUCCUCGAUCACAAAAUUUCUGGACGAGACUCAUCUCUUGGUCCUCCUGAUCUUGAAUUUUAGACUCGAUUCGUCGUGUUCUUCAAUACAACCAUGGGCAGCGCGUUCGGCUGUAUGCCUAAAGAGGACUUGAGUGGUGGCGUGGGGUCGCGGAGCAAGCGGGGCCCCAAGUCGAGGUCACAGAGGAAGAUGGCGGCGUCCGAGGAGGAGCUGUUGCACCGCCAAGCCCUCGCAAUGGCGAUUCAGCAGCACCAGUUGUCGCAGCGGUUCGAAGGAUCCAUGUCGCGGAGGAUUGGGUCCACGAGUUCUCGCCGGCGGGACCUCCCUGAUUCGAUCACUAAUGGAAAACAGCAACAACUCGUACUUGAGGAUCUCGAGACAAGGAAAAUUAUUCUAGUCCAUGGAGAAGGAUUUGGAGCUUGGUGUUGGUAUAAGAUUAUCUCUCUUCUAGAGGAAGUAGGACUGAAUCCUGUUGCCUUGGAUCUCAGAGGUUCUGGGAUAGACAACACAGAUCCAAACGGCAUAACAACCUUAGCAGAUUACUCAAAGCCUCUAACUGAUUAUCUACACAAUCUUCUUGAUGACGAAAAGGUCAUACUGGUUGGCCAUAGCUGUGGAGGUGCGAGCAUAUCCUAUGCAAUGGAAUGUUACCCAAAAAAGAUAUCGAAGGCAGUAUUUCUUACUGCGACAAUGGUAUUGGAUGGACAGAAACCUUUUGAUGUGUUCUCUGAGGAACUAGCAUCUGCUGAUGUUUUCCUGAAAGAGUCACAGUUUCUAGUUUAUGGAAAUGGAAGUGACAACCCGCCUACAGGUCUCAUGUUUGACAAACAACAUAUCAGAAGUGGUCUAUAUUUCAACCAGAGUCCUCCCAAGGAUAUUUCUCUGGCCACGGUAUCCAUGAGAACUAUUCCACUGGAACCGAUCAUGGAGAAGCUCUCCCUCACCCCCGAAAACUAUGGCAUGGUCCGGCGAUUUUUCAUCCAGACGCUGGAUGACCGCAUGCUCUCACCUGACGUCCAAGAGAAGCUCGUCAGGGAGAACCCCCCGCAUGGGAUCUACAAGAUCAAAGGGAGCGACCACUGCCCCUUCUUCUCGAAGCCACAGUCACUGUAUAAGAUUUUGCUUGAGAUUGCACAGCUCCCAUAACAAAAAACAUACUGUUGUUAUUCUACAUCAGAAAGAGGAGACAUCUUGCCCUGUGGGGGUUGUAUAGAAAAAGGCUAGCAAUUAGAUAGCAGGAAGGUUAGUUUUGGUUACAGGAAAUUGGAAGGCAGAGAAGAAGUUAUGCAUUUGUAUUUAGGAAGACAAGAUUCUCUUUGAAGUAUGACGUCAUUAGCAACUUAGCAGUUACGGUUCUUUUGGUCACUUGCCUGUCAGAUUAUUAUUUGGAACACCUGUUCUAUCCGAUUGUGCAUUUUUUAUUA